AUUUAACUAAAUCAAAUACUACCAGCAUUAAUGAAAGGAAAAAAAAUAUUCAUCACCCAUUGUUUUGGAACUCCAGUUAUUUAUUUUCGUAUCCAUCAAAAUCAAGUUUUAACUGUUUUAAGAACAUGCGUUCCGGAGUAAUCCGUUCGGCCAUCCUCGGUUCGCUGCUGUGGUCGAUCGGCUGCUUAUCGACGAUCUCGGCUUACCGGAUCUUGGCGUGCGAGCCCAGCCCCGGACACAGCCAUUGGAAUGUCAUGUCAGCAGUGUUGGAGAGCUUGGUGGCCGCCGGUCACGAAGUGGUGUGCUUAACUCUGCAUCCGGCCACAGACCUGUUGGUCACGCAUCCCAACUACACGCACGUUGACAUGUCGUCGUCGUUGGGCGACGGACAACUCCAAGCAUCCAGGAACAUGGAAUACGCACAAGUGAUGAGAAUCUUCCGGUCGAACACGUUCAUGGUGGGACUAGCCACCUCGCGGGCGCGGUACGUGUGCAAACACUUAUCCGACAUGCCGGAAAUGCACGGCAUACUGAACAGCGGUGAUAAGUUCGACGUCGUCAUUAUGGAAUCGCUGCAUUCCGAAUGCAUGUCCGCGUUGCCCGACAGUCUGGGCUUGCCGGCCGUCUACGUGGUCCCGUCCUCGAUGGUCAACUGGAUGCCGAUGGCCACGGGUUCCCCCGACCACCCGUCGUACCUGGGAACUCUGCUUACCGACCGACCGACACCCGAAACGUUCGGCCAACGGCUGGUAAACGCACUGGUAUACGCGCACACCAUACUGGUUCGGUGGUACAACGACGCAGGCCGCGACCACCGAUGGCCGGAGCACCGGCACACCAUGAUGUUCGUCAACACGCACUUAUCGAUAGAACCGGGCCGGCCGAUGGGACCCAACGUCCUGGAAAUUGGCGGCAUACACUUGAACCGGCCGCUCAAACCGCUUCCUAAACAUUUAGAAGAUGUGAUGAACAAUAGUAAUGAAUUCGGCGUAAUCGUACUUACAUUUGGUUCUUUGGUGGCCAUGGAUACACUACCCGAUUAUGUAUUAAAGGCGUUUAAAACUGUGUUAAGCAAACUUCCCCAAACGAUUAUUUGGAAGUACGAGGACGAUCACAUGCCUGACAAGCCAGAAAAUGUGAUACUGUGUAAAUGGUUACCGCAACGUGCUAUAUUACAGCAUCCAAACGUAAAAUUGUUUAUAAGUCAUGGCGGGAUGAGUGGAGUGUAUGAAGUUGUAGACGCGGGAGUACCGGUACUUGGAAUACCAUUAUUUUGCGACCAACCAAGAAACAUUCAAAACUUAGUGAACCUCGGUAUGGCUUUGUCUAUAGAAAUCAAUAGCUUAACUCGAACAACACUAUCUGAAGCCAUAAACCGGUUAAUCAAAGAUCAAAGUUUUUCGGAAAAUGCCAAACGGGUGUCGUCCCUGUUUCGAGACCGCCCCAUGACACCCUCCGAAUCCAUUGUUUACUGGGUGGAGUAUUUGAUUCGACACGGUACUGAAGUCAAUAUUCAGCCCUUAUCAGCCGACGCGUCGUGGACUAGCCACUUCAUGUUGGACAUAUGUGCUGCACUGGCGGCCGCCUUGCUGACACUAUGGUUCGUGACGCGCGCCAUCGUGAACGUUAACAAAUCCAUUCCGUGCACUGUGAAAUGAUGUCCAAAUAUACAAUUACGUGUGGUGAGGCAAAGAUGAUAAUCGGGUUUUUUAAGAGGGGGCAAUUGGGUGGGUAAUAGUUUAGUAAUAAUUAGUAGGUAUUUUAAUAUUGUCUAUGACAGGUAAACACGAAUAUGACUUUAAAUGUCUUUAUUGGGUUUGGGUGAAAUAUUAAACUAGCCCUUGAAAAAUGUAAAAUUCACCAUGCCUUUACGUGUACGAGAAAUAAGUUUCGUAUGUACACAUGAAUUUAAGAUCGAUGUGAUUUUAAAGUUUACAAUAAAUAUUCACAAUUCACCAUAAAUAUAAAUAUACUAAACAAAUUAAAUUCGAUACCAAUAAAAAUUUGUAGUACCUACGUCUGAUAGUUUCGAGAGUGAUCGAUAGAUAUUGUUUUAAUAAACGCGUGUUAUAUUUAAAUAAGUAAUAAUUUAUUAAUUUAUAAUUAAUAAAAGUUACAUACUUAUAAAAAAAAUGCAAUUUAAUAAAAUACUGAAUUACUCUAUUCUGUGAACGCGUCUUAGUUCUUAAACUAAUCACUCUAUCUACCUCAUCAUGAGUAAGUUUUGUACUAACUUGCAGUGGGAAGUGGCCACUGUCUACCAAUGUCUGUCAACAGAAGUGUUUGCAUUUUAUGAAUAUCAGUACACAUAGUAUAUAACCUACGGACCAUAAGUACAUCAUCAGCAUAUAUUGUUGAAAAAAUUAUCGAGCAAAGUCCAUGAUAGUGAAUUUUACGAUGAAACGAUUGUACCCCUUACUAAAAUUAAAUAAAAGAAUAAAAUUAAUUUUAUAUUCCGAGCUAUUCUGAAUACGAACAUUAUAAGCAAAGGUUCAUAAUCGUGCGUGCGGGUAUGUUUAAACUGAAAUCUUAUACUCGUAUACAUAUUUUGGAUUACCGACAGCAUCGUCUAUACGGUAAAGUAUGAAUAUAGUAGUAAUUUAUUUUUAAAACUAACACGUAUACGUGCGUUAAUUAGUAUUUUAAAACAUAUUAAUAUAUUAUUUCUAUACCUAUUAUUAUAAGUCGCACUUUCACUAGGGGGCGGUUUCAGAGACGUGAUUGGGAAGGAACUAAGUCAUAACGUUCAGAAUAAUAUCAUAAGGUAAUAAAAU